AUGAACUGGUUUGUCAACUCAAAGUAUCAGGAGAUGCCUAUCUGCACUUACGAAAAACCCAGCCCGAGUAAAACCUGUAUUCUGAAUUUGGGUAAAGUACAGCCAGAUGACAGUGGGAGUUAUUUUUGCCAGGCAGUUAACCGAGGGGGAUGUACUUAUAAGGAACUGAAUCUUAUUGUCACUGGUGGUUACAGCACUACCACUGGCUCAAGUAAGUAAGGAAAUUCAGAGCCAAAUCUUUCAAUCUUUCUUUAUUUCACACUAUAUAAGGCAUUUACACAAGUGUACGUAGCUAGGAGAACGAUGUAGCUGUAAAUAUAUUGGAACUGACAAUAAUUUGUAUGCAAGUUAAGCGCUGUCACUUCCCUGGUUUCACCGCAAAAAACGCUGGUGGCCUUGUGGUUUUCAAUGAACAAAAACAAAAACAGAAAAAAGAACCACAGAGACUACAGAGACCUCAAUAUCGUACUAGGAUGGCCAUGUGAAUGUCACUUGAAUAGGUUAUUUAAAUAGUGGAAGGGUUUGAUGUCCAAAUUUUCACUACUCAGGUGUGACUAAUGUAUACACGCAAGUAAAGUGAAACAAACACAUAGCAUGAGUCGAUUAAAAAAAAAAAAAAAAACAAUGCUGUCGUUUAAUUGCACUGUAUAUGUAGCCCCCAUACAUGGUCUUAAGAUUCAAAUUAUCAACAGGGGUUAUAACCUGUUACACAUAGUUCCAAAAGUUACAGUGGAAUAAAAGAAUUAAACGGGACGUUACAUGAUGGACUUAGUAGCCGUUACAUAGGGGUUAUUAGCUGUACUGACGUAUUGUAAAUUAAUAUUUAGUGUAAUUCGCUGUUCCUAAAUCACCUCAUCUAUGGUUUACAGCGACAGAUGUGAGUUUUCCUUUGGCCACUAAGGAAAGUUUUUGUGGUUUGUGACAACCCUAUGACAUAUUUUUUUUUUCCAUCAUUUGGUUUAGAACAAACCUCCAAAACACCACAUUACGAAACAACCCUGGUGCCAGCAACAUCUGAGGCCCCAGCAACACAUAUGGUCUCACCAACUUCUGUGCAGGACCAAGCAACAACGGUUUCCCCAGUAACACCCAUAGUGCAAGCAACACGUGUUUUCCCAUCAACACCUGAGGAUGUCCAAGCAAGAAUAGUUUCCCCAGUAACACCCGAGGCACAAGCAACAAGUGAGAUUCAAUCAACAUCUGUGCAGGUCUCAGCAACAUCAGUUUCAUCAGUAACACCAGAGGUGCAAACAUCAGCUGUAAUCCUCUGCAAAAAUAAAGGUAAAUAUAAAUAG